AUGCGGUACCUAGUCUUGGUCUUGCUUUUAUUUGGAAGCGCCGUGGUUGCGGAGUUUUUGAAGGACUUCCACGAAGGACAUCAUGAAGUUGGCGGGCAGAAUGAUAGUACGGUAGAAUCUAACCAUACGGCACACCACCAUGGCGUCAAGGUGGCUAAUUUCAAAUUUGAAUACGUCCGGGAGCCGCUGGUCAUGACAAUUUUUGUAAUUGUUGUUGGGUUGUUCAAACUAGGCUACCAUCACACCUAUUGGCUGCAAAGAAUCAUGCCCGAGUCAUGCUGUCUCAUCCUCACAGGAGCCCUCCUCGGACUUGCAUUCCUCUAUGAUGAAACCCACGAGUCCGUCAAAUUCCUCGAAUUUGAUUCCCGGACCUUCUUCUUUAUGCUACUGCCACCUAUCAUCUUGGAAUCGGCCUAUUCGUUAAAAGACCAAGCGUUUAUCGAAAAUCUGGGGACGAUCUUGAUUUAUGCUGUUGUGGGUACUGUUUUGAAUAUUAUCAUCAUUGGUGGAGGGCUAAUUACUGUUUCGGAAUUUGGAUUUAUUGAUGGGAUUACAAUUGAUCCGCUUGAUUGUCUAAUCUUUGCUUCACUAAUCGCAGCCGUCGAUCCGGUGGCGGUGCUGGCAAUCUUCCAAGAAGUUGGCGUGAACAAAGUGCUUUAUUUUAUGGUGUUUGGGGAGUCGCUAUUAAAUGAUGCCGUCACCGUUGUCUGCUACAAUUUGGUCAUCGAGUUCAAGGACCUGCCCUCAAUUCGGUUUUUGGACUGUCUGAUGGGUCUUCUCGCCUUUUUGUGUGUGGCCCUUGGUGGACUGGCGAUCGGGUUGUUUUGUGGUGCCAUGUCGGCUUUUGUCACAAAAUUUACGGAACAUGUGCGAGUCGUGGAACCAGUCAUACUAUUCGGUACCGCCUACCUCUCUUUCAUCGUCGCCGAGAUGUUCCACUUUUCCGGUCUCAUAGCCCUAAUCGCCUGCGGCCUUUUCCAAACCCAUUACACAUGCCCAAACAUCUCUUACAAAUCCUACAUCUCGGUCACCUAUUUCGCCAAAGUGGCCAGUUCAGUGACAGAAUCUCUAAUCUUUAUCAUUCUUGGCGUAAUGUUGGUGAACGAGCGGGGAUGGUUCUGGAGCGAUUGGCACCCGGUGUUCUCGCUGUUUGCACUGAUUUUAUGUCAGAUCGCGAGGAUACUUGUUGUUUUCUUCCUCACCUAUUUUGUUAAUCAAUUUACGGGUGGAGUACGGUAUAUUAGCUUCCAAGAGCAGUUGAUCAUGGCUUAUGGUGGCCUUCGAGGAGCUAUAUCAUUUUCUCUGGUUUUCAUGAUAAGUGAUGACGUACCGAUCAAAAACACCUUAUUAUCUGCCACCUACGUCGUAAUUCUAUUUACGGUUUUCAUACAGGGCGCCACGAUCAAACCUAUUGUCCAAUACCUCAACAUCCGCCUGGCAAAGCAAGAAGAUCACUUCCGCAUGUUCAACGAGUUCAAUCGCGGAAUGAUUAUCCACAUGUCACAGGGAAUUGAAGACUUGGUCGGGUACAAGGGCAGCGUCAUGAACCAAGCCAGUGCCCUAUCAAAACGUUACAUUCGUCCAAUUCUCGAAAAGGACUACAAGACCAAGGAUAGGCAGAAUAAGUUGUUGGUGAUCAAUCGGGAGGAGCAAUUGAGAGAUGAAAUCCGAAAAUCAGCUUCCACCAAUUCCUUUAAAUGCCAAGAUGCGACUGAGCAAGUGGCUGAAGAGGGUGAUUUCACUCGAAGCCUGCUUGAUCAUAGCGGUGGAAUUUCUCAUAGGAAAAAGAGUGACAUCGAUCGGGAAACGGAUAAUAUUGCCAAUGAUUCGAUGGAAAUCAGGAAGCUGUUGGCGAAGGGCAGCAAUCAGAAUUUCUAUGCUGAUCGAAACCUAAAAGAAGAUGAUGAUGUGCCAGUGAGACGAGAGACGAAAAAAGCGCAUAGUCAACUACGAGUUUUGCAAGAAAGGGCUAAUAAACUGCCCGAUACUAGGGCAAGAAGGGGAAUGUUCAAAAAAUCAAAGAAACAACCGGCAAAGAAUACAACCCAGGGCCUAAUCUUGGCUUCGAUGGGUUCACUUGGUGUACAAUCAAUCGACGCUGGUGAUGAAGAUGAUGUGAUUGAAAUGGCCGCUUCCACUGGGCUCUCCGCAGAAUUACUGUUUGUUCAAGUGUGGUUCCGCCAUGGUGAGCGGGCCCCUUCCCAUUUUCGGAGAUUACCCAGCGACCCUCCGGAUUUUGCUAAGAAUUUUCCGUAUGAGGACGGCGAGUUGACAGUGAACGGCCAAAAAAUGGAAUAUCAAAUAGGAAAAGCUUUGUUAGAGGAAUAUGGAGAAUUUCUCGGCCCAACCUAUAUCCCGCACGAGGUUCGAGUCUAUUUUGAUGAGGACAAUCGAACAUCCGUUAGUGCGCAAAUGGCCACAGCCGAAUUGGCCUGGCAGGCUAUUCCUCUUCAUGAGGAGCCUAUUUUGAAACAGGUCUCAUUAGCCAUCCUUGACGAUUGCCCAAAGGCCCGAAAAUCCAUUCUCACUUCCAAGGAGUUCGUCGGUAUAUUAACCCAUGUGGAUCCAUCUCUUCUCAACCUCCUAAAAGCCAAUACGUUUGUCGACGAUGUCCCGAAUGCAAAAAUUCUCAACGAUCUUGCUGACUCGCUGUAUACAAGGGUAAAAAUCAACGAUACCCGUUACCCACCACCCAAUUGGUUGACCCCAUCGUUAUUCAAUAAACUCGAGAAUCUAACUAAUUUCAUUCACAAAUCGAUGAUUGCGCAUACUAGGCCAACAUCAGGGACUUGGCACGUUAAUCGUGUUCUCGAUGAAUUUUCCGGUCACCUUUCAAGAGCACCUGAGAAGCGAAAUAAGAUUGUUCUCUUUUCUGGGCACGAUACAAAUCUUCUUACACUGGGCCGUGAAUUCGCAAUGCCAAAUGUGAGGGCAAAGUUGCCAACAUUCAGUGCGUACGUAGUGUUCGAACUUCACCGGAUGGCCGAUGGGGAGCUGAUUGUUCAGGCGAAAUUCGCGAAAGAGUCUGGGGAUACGCUGGUGGUCGAGAGUAUGGAAUUAUGCGGGGAGCCUUGUAAAUAUACGAAAUUUAUCGAGCUUUAUGGGAGUAGGAGGUUUUCAAACGCGCAAUGGUUCGAAUAUUGUGUAGGUUGGGGACCAGUUGAGGGGCAUAAUGACUCGACAAUAGCCUGGUUCAUCGUCACGAUUAUUGUGCUUUUGUUGAGCAAUAUCAUCUUCCUCUACAAAUGUAUUGCCGCGAAACGAGCAAGGGAUAAAAAUCCGGAGUUGAAGCCGCUAUUGGAGGUUGAU